ACCACGUUGACUUGCUCUCACCAAGUACUCUUCAAAUCUCUUGUUCAUUCUUCUUUUUGGUAAACGCUCAGCAACAAUAUACUAAGCAGGAAACUUAUGUGUAGAACAAAUUGGUAAUAAGGGUGUGAAGCCUACAUCAUUUCUUUCUGCUCUGUCAAAGUUACCAAAGGUCCAUGAUCAUUCUUGCAGCUUUUUUAUCAUAAUAAGAAGAAGAACACAACAAUCAUCCAGAGCUGUCUGCACCAUUCUAAGGACAACUCCGCGAGAUAACAAAUGUCUGAAAUAGAGAGGAGAUUUCUUGAUACAUUUUUGUAUUGGGCAACUCAAAAAGGGAGGAUUAAGGAUGGGAAGUUGCGAGGACAUGGAAUGCAAGUCGGAGAUAGUAUUUCAGGUCCAAGGGCAGACUUAUCUUCUGCUGAAGUCAAACAAGGUUAUGAGUUUCUCCUUUCACUGGAUCCAGGAAGGUGGCCUUUACCAAAUCUAUGCAGUCCAUUGUUUCAGAAGUUCAUUGACUACAUCCUUCAGAAUGUGAAGGAUCUUUUCAAAAACAAGAAAGAGUUGAACAAGUUUGACCUUCUAAAGAAAAAGCUUCUAGUCCUUGAAGAAAAUCUAAAGUAUCUCAAAACCUUCCUCGGUUUCAUAAAAGAUGCAAGCAUUGAACUGGAGAAAUCCAGAAUUCUCUUUAAUCAUAUGGAGGUUGUCACUCGGAAUGCUGCUUACAUCUGUUACCUAUGUUAUGUGGAAGAAAUGGAUGAAGACCUGGCAUCUCACUUGAGGCUUAAGAUCUCAAACGUUUUGCAAGUGAUCAAGCCCACUGAGCCCCAAGUCGCGAAAAUUUAUACAGUGGCUCUAAGAUGUUUGGUUAUAUCACAAAACCAAUACAACCGGGAUGUGAUAAAAUUUGUUGAAGAUUCUGUUCACUUUCUCUUGAAGGACUAUUCAAAGUUAUUAAAUAGUGAGGCAUGUUCCUUGAUGCUUCCUCCUAUGAAGGACCAAGCCGAAAGCAUUUUUCAAGCAUCAAAGCAAUUGCUAACUUUGCUUAUUUAUCCGCCUGAAGAUCCAUAUGAUGACGAGGGGAAAUUGAGUGAUAUACUUACCCGCGUUGAAGGUCUUAUUGCUGAGGUAGCUUCUGUUGCUUACUCUUUCUCUUUUGACAAAGCAGCAGAAGUUAACUCGGUAUUCUCUGACUUAUUGAAAAAGAUUGAAGUUGUCAUGAAAGACCUAAAAGACAUGAUUCUGAAAGCUCCACUGUCAUCAAAAUAUAAUUUCCCGAGGACAAAUGGAUUAGGCUUUAUUGACUCCCUCUUAUGCAAUCUGAAAGAGCUGCUGCAAGAUGGAAAGUGUGAUUCUGCUGUCAAGGAUCUUAUUGCAGAAGCUCAGGAGGAGUUGUCUUUCUUAAGAUCAUUGUUGGGGAAAUUUGUGAAGCAACAGCAUGCUUUUGAGGAGGUGAAGAAACAUGAUCUUUGGACAAAAGUGAUAUCUCUAGCAUACCAGGCAGAAUGCAUAAUUGAUUGCCUGGUUAUGGGAGAUUAUCCUGUUUGGUAUCAGCAUUUGUUAUGUAAGACCACAACAGAAAUUAAGCUUGUCAAUGAUCAAUUAGCAGAGUUCCAUGUGCAAGAAGUUGAAGUCCUUAUCGAACAAGAAGCACCAGAUAUUGUCCCACAAGAAGUUGAGAUAACUCCAGGAUUUGAUGAGGUAGUGGUGGGUUUUGAUGAAGAGGCAAAGUCACUUAUAAAGCAGCUCGUUGGAGGACCAAAGGAAUUAGAUAUUGUGUCUAUUGUAGGGAUGCCUGGUCUUGGAAAGACUACACUUGCAAAGAAAGUUUAUCAUGAUGAAACCAUAAGGCAUCAUUUCGACGUCUAUGCUAUGUGUUGUCUUUCCCAAACAUAUGACAGGAGAAAGUUGUUGCUGGAAAUUUUGAAUCAAGUCCGAGGUCCCAGUCAACAGAAAGAGAAAGAUCCAGCAGUUGCUCUGCGAAGAUUUUUAAUGGGCAAGAGGUACAUUGUCUACAUUGAUGAUGUAUGGAGCAUUAACGCAUGGGAAGACUUCCAGGGAUGUUUUCCAGUUAAUGAAAAUGGAAGCAGGAUCUUAUUAACGAGCCGACUUAGUGAUGUGGCUUCAGAUAUUAACCCUACUAGACCACCUCUUCAACUUCGUUUUCUUUCUGCACAAGAAAGUUGGGAACUCUUGCAAAUUAAGUUAUUCAAUAAACCAACUUGCCCAUCAGAACUAUGUGAAGUUGGAGAAGAAAUUGCAAGAGAGUGUCAAGGACUACCUCUCCUGGUGAUUUUGGUAGCUGGUGUUUUGACAAAGAAAGAGAAAAACAAGGGAAGUUGGAGAAAAAUUGCAGAAAGUAUUAAUUCAGAUACUGACAUUAGUGCCAAGUGCCUAGAUAUAAUAGAAUUGAGCUACAGGCACUUGCCAGAUCACCUCAAGCCUUGCCUUCUCUACUUUGCAUCAUUUCGUGAGGAUGAAGAAAUUCCUAUCUCAAACUUGGCGUGGUUGUGGAAUAUCGAGGGAUUUGCUGCAAACACAGAGGCAAAGAGUGUAGAGCUUGUAGCAGAAAGUUUACUGAAUGAUCUCAUAGGUAGAAGCUUGGUAAUGGUUAACAAGAAAAGGUCCACCGGAGGAGUCAGAUCAUGUCACAUCCAUGAUAUGCUGCACGAUUUUUGUGCAGCAAAAGCUAAGGAAGAGAAGUUUAUGCAGAUAACAAGUACUGAGAACAAAGAUUUGACUAGUUCCUUUUAUGAGCACCGGAGGCUGUGCAUUCAUCAUAGCCUUUAUUGGGCAGGGAGGAUCGGAAACCUGCAAGUUCGUUCUGCAUUCUUCAGACCCCCGAAAUCUGGCUGCCAGGAAUUUUUUGAUCUUGAGAACUUUAAACUUCUAAGAGUUCUACAAAUGGAAUGUCCUGUGUCGGACAGUUCAUUCCAGAGAUCAAAAGAGCUUAUUCUUUUGAAGUACUUAGGAAUCAAAGGCUAUGUGGAAUCUAUGCCAGCAUGGAUAUCAAACCUUUCAAACCUUGAGGUUUUGCUUGUCAUAACUGUAGGCAGUGGUACAAUAUUGCCAAUGGCCAUCUGGAAUAUGCCAAGGUUAAAACAUGUGCAUGUGCAACCUGUUGCAUCUUUUGAUGGACGCAUUCCUCGCAAAUCGGAAAACUUAUGUUGCUUAGACACCUUGGCCACUGUGUCUCUCACUAAUAAGCUAGCAGAAAACAUGAUAAAGAAGGCGACCAGACUGCGAAAGCUCAAGUGCCACUGUAAAGAGCCUCUGAAACUCAGAUUAGAUGCUCUUCCACUUGAAACACUUAGUGUGAAUGGUAAGAUCUUGAAAUUCAGCAUGCCCGAGACGCUGACAAAGCUAACUUUAUCUGAUGUUUUGUUGCCACAAACUGAAAUGUCUAAUAUCGGGAGAUUACCAAAUUUAGUGGUUCUCAAGUUGGAGCAUAGAGCAUUUCAGGAAGGAAAAUGGGAAAUUAAAGAUGAAGAGUUUCCGACCCUCAAGGUUCUUAAAUUGAGGUCCCUCAAAAUUACAGAAUGGAGUGCCUCAGAUGAGUCCUUGCAAAACCUCGAACGGCUUAUGGUAGAAAGCUGCUUCCAUCUUCAAGAAAUCCCUUCUGCUAUUGGAGAAAUUUCAAGUAUAAAGAUGAUUGAAGUGAAAGGGUGUGGUGAGUCUCUUGAGAAAUCAGUCAGGCAAAUUCAGGAAGAGCAAAAAGAAGAAUAUGACAAGGAGAUCAAGGUCAUUAUUUAUCACUUAGAUUCAUCAGCCUGACGAGCAAAUAAAAAGCUGCAACCCUGGUUUAACAGGUAACCGACUGAAGCUUAUUUGCAUCAUCUGAGAAGUGUUUCUUUGCUUUGCGGAGGAGAAAGGUUGUGAUUGAAUGAUAGAGGAGAUAUGGAUCUUCAGCAUAGUCAUGGAUGAUUUUAAGGAACCAGUGAUUCUCUUUUUUCCUUUGUUUUUUUUUUUAUGUACAAUAACAUAUCCAGCUAGAUGGAAGCUGGGAAAAUUGAAGACAUUUUCUUUUCCUAUUUGUGUUUGUACUUGAAAAUAAUUUCUUUGGAAGGAUCCAUUGCAUUGACAUGUGAACAUUAUUUCUUUAUA